AUGGCCAGUGAAAUCGACAUCUUCAAUGAAUACCCACUGCACAUGGACCCAGCCACCAAAGCACUCUCCCUCCUCGCCACAUCCGCCCAAACACCAGCACAAAAAGCCGCAAUCAGCGCCGAGCUGGAAGAAUUAAACCAACUCCACCGCUCCCUCCAAACUCUCGACCCCCCAAACAUCCCCCCGGCGCCCCUCCCAAUCAAUCCCAAGCGUGGCGCGCAAAUCAACAAGCUCCGCGACACCGCCAACGCAGCAUACCGCAAGGGAAACUACGACGAGGCCAUUCGGCUGUACAAAUAUGCCAUCGAGAUGGGUCUUGCCCGGCCAGGUUGGGAGCCUGUUACACUUGCGCGCGAGGAACUGUCCGGUCUUUAUGCGAACCGCGCACAGGCACAUAUGGCCAAGCAGGCUUGGCCCGAGGGUCUCAUUGAUGGCAAGUCCAGCGUGGAUUCCAAGCCCGUCGCCAAUGUUAAGGCUUGGUGGCGGAUUGCUAAGUGCUUGGCUGAGAUGGGCCGGUACGAGGAGUCUAAGAAGUUCUUGGCUAAGGGUCUUGAGAUCGAAGGGAGGGAGUCUGACGGCGGGAAGGAGUUGAUUGGGCUGCUUGAGGAUAUUGACAAGGCUUUGUUGCGCAGUGCUCCUGCUUAG